AUGGGGCCCCAUCUCUUGUCCAGGUGGCCGGCCUGGGUCUUUAGGGUCGCUCCAGGCUGGUGGCGGAAGGGUCAUUCCUGUGCCCUGCUGAGAACCUGGUGCGUGCCUGGGGUUACCACCGGGCAGACGAAGUGGCCACACAGCUCUUGGGGAGUCUGGGGGACCAGCCUCCUUGCCCACAGGGGCUGCUCCUCGGUUUCCUCUCGCCCUGCCGAAGUGAUGCUGACCCAGGAGCGCUACCCAGUGCAGCGAUUGCCGUUCGCGGUGGUGUCCGAUGAGGAUCUGGCCGCCUUCGAGCGCAUCCUCCCCGGCAGGGUCAUCACCAGCAGCGAGGAGCUGGAGGCUGUGAACGUGGACUGGCUGAGAACCGUCCGAGGCUGUAGCAGGGUGCUGCUGAAACCCCAGACGACAGAGGAGGUAUCACAGAUCCUCAGGUAUUGCCACGACAGGAAGCUGGCAGUGACCCCGCAGGGGGGGAACACCAGCAUGGUGGGUGGCAGUGUUCCUGUCUUUGACGAGAUCAUACUCUCCACCUCCCUCCUGAACCAGGUGGUCAGCUUCCACGGAGUGUCUGGGGUCCUGGUGUGCCAGGCUGGGUGCAUCCUAGAGGACCUGAGCCAGUACGUGGAGGACCGUGACUUUGUCAUGCCCCUGGACCUGGGCGCCAAGGGCAGCUGCCACAUCGGGGGGAAUGUGGCUACCAAUGCGGGUGGCCUGCGUGUCCUUCGAUACGGCUCUCUACACGGGACUGUCCUGGGCCUGGAAGUGGUGCUUGCUGACGGCUCCAUCCUGGACUGUCUGAGCUCCCUGAGGAAGGACAACACGGGCUACGACCUGAAGCAGCUCUUCAUUGGGUCAGAGGGCACGCUGGGGGUCAUCACGGCCGUGUCCAUCCUGUGUCCGCCGAAGCCCAAGGCUGUGAACGUGGCUUUCCUCGGUUGCCCUGGUUUUACGGAAGUCCUGAGGACCUUCAGUUCCUGCAAGGGGAAGCUGGGCGAGGUCCUGUCGGCGUUUGAGUUCAUGGAUGCCGGGUGCAUGCGUCUGGUUCAGCAGCACUUGCACCUCUCCUGCCCUGUCCGAGAAAGCCCGUUCUACGUGCUGGUGGAGACCUCAGGUUCCAACAUGGAGCACGAUGAGGCAAAACUGGCCGCCUUUCUGGAAGACGCGCUGGACUCCGGCUUGGUGACAGAUGGCACUGUGGCCACCGACCAGAGGAAGAUGAAGACCCUAUGGGCCCUGCGAGAGAGGAUCACGGAAGCGUUGAGCCGGGACGGCUAUGUGUAUAAGUACGACAUCUCCCUGCCUGUGGAGCAGCUCUACGACCUUGUGGUGGACCUGCGUGCUCGUCUCGGGCCCAGCGCCAAGACUGUGGUGGGCUACGGCCAUCUCGGGGACGGCAACCUACACCUGAACGUGACAUCGGAGGCCUUCAGCCCUGGGCUCCUGGGGGCGCUGGAGCCGUAUGUGUACGAGUGGACAGCGGGACAGCGUGGCAGCGUAAGCGCCGAACAUGGCCUAGGCUUCCGCAAGAGGGACGUCCUGGGUUACAGCAAGCCACCCUCUGCCAUACAGCUCAUGCGGGGGCUCAAGGCCCUGCUGGACCCCAAAGGCAUCUUGAACCCCUACAAGAUGCUGCCCUCCCAGGCCUGA